CUCCACAAUGACAAUUCGCUCGUCCUCGCUCCUCGCGCCCCGCCCCCUCACUGCCUCCACCUUCCCGUUCUCCGAGGCCAUCUGUAACGCGGAUGACAUUCGACAGCGCGAGCGCGCGGGAAGCCGUAUGAAGGGUCACGGACAUGCCUUCUUUUUUCUUUUCGACGGCGCGAACGAAACGGAAACAGUCAGAGCAAGCAACUGAGUACACUCAUACACACCUCCAUACUCGGGCACUGUGUAUACGGGUAAGGCGUAUGAGUGUGCACGCACGGUGGUAACUAGGAGAUAUAUGCUGGCAUCUAGUAGUGUAUGCGGUGUAGGUAUAGUACAGUACUCUAAUCGUGCUGAGCCAACGCGGUCAUUUCGUCCGUCCCUUCUCCUCGCCCCCGCUGUCGUGUCAGCCCUGCCACAGAACUACAUUUGUGUAAGUAUAUGCACUCAGCGGAUACCCGAUGUCUGCCACUGCCAACAGACUUACGCCUGAUGCUUGUUCUCACCACCAUCAUCACGUCUCUUUUCGCCAGGGUCCAGUGCUCGGGCCGGCAGGGGAAAAAUCGACAACAGAAUGGCCCCCUCCCCUCUCUCAAUCCCUCCCUCCUCCUACUCCUUUCCCGUUCCCCCCUGUGGUCCCGCCCGUUCUGUCCGGCCUCUUCGAAUCGAUCCUUUCGCGGGCCACUUCGACGGUAUCUCCUUUACAUACAUGCCAGCAUAACAUCUCGCAGUCUCGCAGUGGAUGGCCCGGUUGAUGUCAUGCAUCGGCUGUCCAAUCGCCCCGUGGCUUUGGGUGCUAACCCAUCCCAGAAACCGCAGGCACACACCCAUUCGCACCCACACCUCACCUUCUGCUUGUGUGGCCCGCCCGCCUAUAUCCCGCCUAAACACUGAACAUGGCUAAGGGGAUGCUGGUCUCGACCGCUUUCGGGGUCGCAGCACGCCAGGAUCUUCAUGGCCACCACAUCCUGCCACCCCCCCAUCCCUCACAAGCGCAGGGCAGAGCACAUCCCGGCAGGCAACCAUGUCCGAGACAAGACGGAGUGGUGGUGGUGGUGGUGGUGGUGAAAUGUGGUGGUGGUAAAUAU